AUGGCUUCAUUAAAUGAAUCUACAGUAGUCAUGUUUAUCUUAGAGGGAUUAACAGACCAACCAGAGCUCCAAUUAUUUCUCUUUAUCUUGUUCCUGAUCAUCUAUGUUAUCACUGUGGUGGGAAACUUGGGCAUGAUCAUACUGAUUGCUGUUGGCCCUCAGCUACAAUCGCCAAUGUACUAUUUUCUCAGCAACUUGUCCUUUGUGGAUCUCUGCUACUCUUCGGCCAUUACUCCCAAACUUUUGGUGAAUUUCACAGGGGAUAAAAACAUCAUAUCCUACAUUGAGUGUAUGACACAGUUUUUUUUCUUCUGUUUUUUUAUUGUUUCUGAGUGCUUCAUGCUGACAGCUAUGGCCUAUGACCGUUAUGUUGCCAUCUGUAGUCCCUUACUCUAUAAUGCCAUUAUGUCUCCACGUGUCUGUUACAUUUUGGUGACAGGGGUAUAUACAAUGGGUUCUUUUACCACUCUGGUUCACACAUGUUGCAUGGCCAGAUUGUCCUUCUGUGGUCCUAAUUUGAUUAAACACUACUUCUGUGACAUUAUUCCCCUACUGAAACUCUCCUGUUCUAGCACCUACAUUAAUGAGCUUCUAGUGAUGAUUAUUGGUACAUUCAAUGUAUUUUCAACCACUGCAGCCAUCUUCAUCUCUUAUUCUUUCAUCCUCACUAGCAUCCUUCGCAUGCAGUCUGCUGAAGGGAGAUCUAAAGCCUUUAGCACUUGUAGUUCCCACCUGACAGCUGUUGCUAUCUUUUAUGGCACCAUUAUUUUCAUGUAUUUUAAACCACCAUCAAGUAGUAACAUGACUCAGGAGAAGGUAGCCUCAGUAUUUUACACCAUAGUUAUCCCCAUGUUGAAUCCCCUAAUCUAUAGCCUGAGGAAUAAGGAUGUCAAAGAUGUACUAAAGAAAAUCAUGAGAGGUACAAUAUUUUCCAGGCUUAUGUAG